AUGAAGGUGGCGAUAAUAGGUGCCAACAUUAAUGGCCAAGUGGUGGCACAUGUGCUAGCCAAAGGAGGAGCCGAGGUGGUGCUUUACGACCACGAAGAUUACUUUGGCAGGCAAUCAAAGAUCUACACUAUCAAUGACAUUGAUUUAGACCUCGAUCUCACGUGGUUUAACCGCGUAACACAUCCGAAUACGGCAAAUUUUUUUGAAAACAUUGGAGUUGAUAUGAAAACUUCAUAUAUGUCUUACUCGAUGAGCUUAGACGAUGGUCAUCAACUCGAAUGGGGCAACCAAAAUAACUUUUCAAGUUUGUUUGCCCAAAAGAAGAAUGCAAUUCAUCCAUACUUUUGGAAAAUGCUAAGGGAAAUUGUAAAGUUUAAUGAUGAUCUUCUCAGGUACCUGGAAGAAGAGCAUGAGCAAAAUGAAGAGAUUGAUCUUCGUAUUCAUGAAACAUUGGGGAAUUUCAUUGAAUCGCGCGGUUACUCUGAUUUGUUUCAGAAAUCAUAUCUUAUUCCAAUAUGUGCAUCAAUCUGGUCUUGCCCCUCAGACGAAGUAAAACAUCUAACCGCAUAUUCUGUUCUUUCCUACUUCCGUAACCAUGAUCACUUGCUACAGCUCUUUGGCUGUACUCAGCGGCUUACAGUCAAUCAGCAUUCCCAAAAUUAUGUAACAAAGGUGAAAGAAGAACUACAACGUCUGGGUUGUCAAAUAAGAAGCCAAUGUGAAAUCCAGUCCAUUUCAACAACUGAUGACGGUUGCAUUAUAACUUGUGAAGAUGGCUCACAAGAAUUGUAUUCUGGAUGCAUUGUUGCUGCCCAUGCUCCCGAUGCUCUUAAGAUGUUAGGUGAACAGGCAACAUAUGACGAAAGGAGAAUACUUGGUGCUUUUCAAUAUGUCUACAGUGAGUUUUUCCUUCAUCGUGACGAGAUCUUGAUGCCUCGAAACCCAUCAGCAUGGAGUGCUUGGAAUUUUCUUGGAACUAUUGACGGAAGAUUUUGUGUGACUUACUGGCUCAAUGUGCUGCAGAUUAUUGAAGAGAAAGGUCUGCCUUAUCUAGUAACUGUCAACCCUUUUUACACUCCACAACCUGUGUUGCUCAAAUGGACUACUGGGCAUCCUGUUCCAUCAGUUGCAGCCUCAAAAGCAUCCCGCGAGCUUUACCAUAUUCAAGGAAAGAGGGGAAUAUGGUUUUGCGGAGCAUACCAGGGUAAUGGAUCCUACGAGGAUGGACUAAAGGCUGGCCUAAUUGCUGCACAUAGUAUGCUCAACAAAAAAUAUGCUGUUCUAGAGAAUCCAAAACAUAUGGUACCAUCUUUUCUAGAAACAGGAGCACGCCUUUUUGUUACUAGGUUCCUUCGACAUCAUGUAUCUACUGGUUGCUUAAUUUUGCUGGAGGAAGGAGGUACAAUGUUCACCUUUGAAGGAAGCAAGAAGAAAUGCCCACUUAAAGUUACACUGAGAAUACAUAGUCCUCAAUUCUAUUGGAAGGUUGCUACACAAGCUGAUUUAGGCUUGGCAGAUGCAUACAUUAAUGGGGAUUUUUCAUUAGUUGAUAAAGAUGAAGGUCUUCAAAACCUAUUUAUGAUUUUCAUUGCAAUCAGAGAUUUAAAAACAUCUACUUCAAGCUCUACCAAAAGAACCAAAAGAAGGGGUUGGUGGACGCCAUUGUUUUUCACGGCUAGCAUUUCAUCGGCAAAGUAUUUCCUUGAGCAUGUUUCUAGACGAAAUACUCUUACACAGGCUCGCAGGAAUAUAUCUCGACAUUAUGACCUGAGUAACCAACUCUUUGCUUUGUUCUUGGACGAAACAAUGACAUACUCCUGUGCAAUCUUUAAGGCAGCAGAUGAAGACUUGAAAACUGCACAAUUAAGAAAAAUUUCUCUUUUGAUUAAAAAAGCAAAAAUUAACAAGACACAUGAAAUCCUUGAAAUUGGGAGCGGUUGGGGAAGUCUAGCCAUUGAAGUUGUGAAGCAAACUGGUUGUAAAUAUACAGGCAUCACAUUGUCUGUGGAACAACUAACUUAUGCAGAAAUGAAAGUGAAGGAAGCUGGUCUUCAGGAUCGAAUAAGAUUCCUACUUUGUGAUUAUCGUCAGAUGGCCAGUACCAACAAAUUUGACAGAAUAAUUUCUUGUGAAAUGAUUGAAGCUGUUGGCCAUGAAUAUAUGGAUGAGUUUUUUGACAGUUGUGAAUCAUUAUUGGCAGAAGAUGGGCUCCUUGUCCUACAGUUCACGUCAAUUUCAGAUGAAAGGUAUGACGGUUACAGGCACAGUUCGGAUUUUAUAAAGGAAUACAUUUUCCCUGGCUGUUGUGUUCCUUCUCUAGGUAGAGUAAUAUCAGCAAUGGUGACUUCAUCCAGGAUGUGUAUUGAGCAGUGUGAGAAUAUAGGCAUCCAUUUCUACCAAACACUUAGAUAUUGGAAAAAAAACUUCCUGGAGCAUCAAAGUGACAUAAUUCGGUUGGGAUUCGAUGACAAGUUCAUACGAACAUGGGAGUAUUACUUCGACUACUGUGCAGCCGGCUUCAAAACAUGCACCCUCGGGAAUUAUCAGGUAGCAUGCCUUUCUUUUUUCACGCAGUCUUGUGACUCUUGUCAAUCAGAUUUUGCAGGUUAA